UCACAACAAAGUAGUGGAAGGUGAUCAUCCAAACCGCACGUAAUCUCUUAAUUUCGUCAGUACCUUAUCCGCAAAUGGCAAACCGCUUUGCAAUGAAUCCCAUAAAACCAUGAUCUUUCCAAGAAACUCCAAACCAUACUAGUUUCACGCACGCUCCCAGCACCAUGCCAAACUUCUGUGUAGCUCUGUCCAUUAUCCUCGUCACUGUUUUCGCAGCCGCAUCCGACCCCCGCGACAUUAUACGGAGAUACGACUUUAAAAACGACGGCUUAGGAAAUUACUCUUUUGAUGUGGAAACCGGGAACGAGAAGGGUGUGUUAACGAGUUUCAUACACCAGCAGCGAGGACACUCGGAGAAUCAAGAUUCGAAUAAUGGAAGUUUGCGUGUUGAGGGUCAAAUUCUUUACAAAGUCGAUGACUCCCUCUCGGUGGCUGUUAAUUACACGGCUGACGAACGCGGAUAUCGACCUAAAGUUCGAUGGAUUUUUCAGCAGAAACCCGCGAAAAACGUUACUCAGGUGGGGCUGCGCGGGCCCGGCGGACCCGGAGGACCGGCCACCAAGACGGACAUCUCGAGCCACGCUCUGGGAAGUCUGCUGGGGGGGAACGGAUAAUAAACCAUUCUGACGUCAAUCGAGGUUUCACUUUCGCUCGCAUACCAGGUGUCACGUUGUAGUAAAUGGCACCACUAACAUCAAUAAUAAUAUUAAUAUUAAUAAAUUUAUUAAGGUUAUAAAAUUUUGUUUUGCACAGGUCCUAAAAUAUAAUAGGAGUAGUAA